UACGUAAUAUGUCCUGCGACGUGAUGACGUCAUUCAGCCCAGAGGGGUGGAACGAGACGAGGAGCGCUGCUCGUUAACCCUCUCCUCUCCGGAGCGUGCCCCUGGAUGGGGUCAUCAGCGUGCUGCGGGAGGAGGCAGGGCGGGGGCACACCCGAGUGACACAGAGCCGGGCACACCGGCGGCAGCAGCAGCAGAGCCAUGGUGUCAUGGAGAGGAGUUUACUUUGUCUGCAUCUUGUUCCUGGCAAGUUUUUUUGGGAGCAUUUUCAUGCUUGGACCAUUUUUGCCUUUCAUGUUUGUGUCUCCGAGCUGGUACCGGUGGAUGACUGAUCGGAUCGUGGCAACGUGGCUGACCCUCCCUGUGGCUGUGCUGGAGCUCGUAUUUGGUGCCAAAGUUGUUAUAACGGGAGAUGGAUUUAUUCCGGGAGAAAGGAGUGUUAUAAUAAUGAACCAUCGGACCAGACUGGACUGGAUGUUCUUAUGGAAUUGCUUGUUAAGAUACAGUUAUCUCAGGCUGGAAAAAAUCUGCCUCAAAUCCAGUCUUAAAGCCGUCCCGGGAUUUGGUUGGGCCAUGCAGGUCGCCGCCUUCAUUUUUAUUCGCAGGAAGUGGGAAGAAGACAAGAGCCAUUUUGAAGCCAUGCUGGAUUACUUCUGCGACAUCAAGGAACCGCUGCAGCUUCUCAUCUUUCCAGAGGGAACUGACCUGACAGAAAAUACCAAAGCCCGCAGCCAUGAGUUUGCAGAGAAGAAUGCCCUUGAGAAGUAUGAAUACGUCCUCCACCCGCGUACUACGGGGUUCACCUUCAUCGUGCAUCGCCUGAGAGAAGGAAACAACCUUGAUGCCAUCCAUGACAUAACCGUGGCCUACCCUCACAACAUUCCUCAAACUGAGAAACACAUCCUCAAUGGCAACUUCCCCAAGGAGAUUCACUUCCACGUCUGUAGGUAUCCUGUAAGUAGCCUGCCCGCCUCUAAGGAGGACCUCCAGCUCUGGUGCCAGGAACGCUGGAAGGAGAAGGAGGAGCGGUUGCGAACCUUCUACGAAGGGGAAAAGUACUUUGACGUCACAAGACGCAGCCGCAUCCCUCCUUGCAAAUCAGAACUCAGGGUGCACUUGAUAAAGUUUGCUUCGUUGCUGUACUGGACAUCCUUCAUUGUUGUGUCCUUUUACUUCAUCUACCUGUACAGCAUUGUCCGGUGGUACACCCUCAUCAUGAUCGUCAUCUUUGUCCUUCAGGAAAAGUACUUUGGUGGACUUGAGCUUAUCGAGCUGGCACUCCACCAAUAUCACACCACCCAACGAGUCGCAGCAGGCAAACAAAAAUAAUAUGGGGCUGUCUCUUUAUGAUACUUUUGUACUAUCUACCCUAUUGUGCAUGUCAACCAAGUAACCAGAGACUCUUCAGAUGGUCGAAACUUGUAGUUCACCAGCUCCUGGACUGCCUAUGGUUGCCUACACUUCAUGAAAUCCUUUGGAGGGGGGGGGUGGAGCCUGUUAGUUGGAACCCUUGGCCACCCCUCUAGGUAGAGUCUUCAGAACUGGUCAAAGAUUUGCAAAACUUUGACUUGUUUCUUUAUUGAUUUCAGUGGAGUCAGGUCUGGAAGAUCUUAAGAGUCUAGUUAAAUGGUUGACCUUCACCAAGGGGAUUUGGGCUCUAAUUUCUUGUACAGUCGGUGGCUUGUAUAUUAAGACCGUCCGAUGAAAGUUGGAAUUUCCUUAUACAUAUUUCCAGGUAUCCUUACUGUUGUAUUUUUAAGUAAUAUUUUACCCGUCUUCAUAGGAAAAACAUCAUCUUGCAUCACGCCAUGGGUGAAUACAGCAUACUGUAUGACUGAAUGUAUUUAAAGGGUUAAACUGUUGUGCAUUUUUACUGGAUUCUCCCGUAAAGUACCUGGGAAAUCCCCAAAUUGUGUGUUUUACCUGGAAGUUUUUGUGUUAUCUGGUCUGUAGACAAUCAGAAGUUUUCUUUAUAGUGUAUCUGUUCGUGCACAAUUGUUUACCUUUAAUAUUUAAUUUUUUUUAAGUGAAAGCCCCCCCCCCCCCCAUAAAGAAUAACAGCCAAUUUGCAGGAGAAAUGCCCAUCAUAAAUGUAUACAGUUGUGUCUAUUGACCUAAAACCAAGUUUUGUGGGGUUGUCUUGGUGUUAAAAAUCAAGCAGAGCUUCACUAGAGAGGUACAAUUUACAUUCGAGAGGGAGAUUAUUUUUUUCCCGCUGCGACCCCUUUAAGGACUGGCGCACCAAGGUGUGAGCUGAACCAUUUCAGUUUUCGAGCACUUCAUCCUAAGAGCAUCCUUUUCUGGACAAUAAAUGCCGUAAAGUGAGGAGUGCUCUAGAGAAAUCAAUUGAGUAAAAAUAUUAUAUGCGAAACUGAUGACAGUUGGUUGGGUUUCUCUCCGUGGACCCUCACAACUGACCUUGUACUGGCAAACUAGAAAGCAGGUCCAAAACCGCCUAGAACUAGAAAAGAAUGUCUCUGUGAUACACCUAGGUGGAUUGGCUGGUCUUUCCAACUAAUGGAAAAAGUUGACCAGAGCUGAAAAAGUUUGUAGAACUUCGAGACUAGUUGACACCAAGGCAGUGGAAUUGACCUUGAGAAAUAAGCGUUUACCAACCAUACUGUUUCCUUCCUGGAAUAACCCACCAAAAUAUUGUAGACCCACCAUUCUAGGUAAGCUCUGCUUGGUUAAUACUCAACUGUGAAAUGUUUUAUGAUUCAUACAAUCUCAUAUUCUGUUGGGAAUGUCCUACUGGUCAUAGAAUUUUUGGUUGUCUUUUGUCCUUGCGGAUUGUUUGUCUGAGAUCAACUGUUUGGACCACUGUGAUCUUUUCUUAUUUAGUCCAUCCUAAAGAUGAUGUAUGGGAACCUAUAACUUGACAAGUCUUUCAAAACUAAAAGACUCAUCUUGGGCCUGAUAUUUUCAGUUGUCCGGGUCUUUCUAAAUCUCCACCGUCCAAGCCGUGGCCCUGGAGUCACGUGUUGCACUUCAAAGGCUUAUCAAUGGCCCCAUUUAUGGAUAAUCAUUUUUAGCUCUGCUUCCUCCACUAAGGUCCAUGCUACUGUUCUUGAAAAUGCCUCAAAAAUGAUACCACUCAAUCAGAGGCUUAACAUCUAUAAGGCCAAUGCUAAUAAACUGGACACGAAUAUAUUUUUUAUAUGACCGGUGCUAUUAAAUUAGGUCAUGUUCACAUGUGUUUUGGCGAUCCGGCAGCCUGAUCCGAUGCAAAUGAUGGCUGUCGGCAAUGUUUUUUUGUAUGGCCGAAACCUGGCAUUUAUGCUGGAAACCAAAUUGAUUUGUGCCAGCGGUGAAGUAGUGUGAGAUCCGGAAGGCUGCUCUAUGCUGGAACAGCCUGCUGGAUCUCCAAAUGGAGAUGUGACCGUAGCCUUACUUUAAUCGGACAUCCAGAAAUGCUGUUGGGCCAGUAUUCGUUUCGAUUAGAGAUCUUGAUCAGAACCAGAAGACUGAUUACGAGAUCCUUACACGUUAUUAAUAUACUUUUUUAAUCAGCAAUUAAGUCCAGUAAUUAAUGGAUCAAAAAAAUUGUAUUCUAAGUCGUAAAUCGUCAGUAUAGUCUUCAUUGCGUUUCGGGCUAUAUAAAUGACAUUUUGAGAAGAGAGUACAAAACGGGGUGAAACUUUUUUUAUCCAUUACGUAUUGCAAAUAUGAGGAACAAUGUCUGUUUAGGACUGCACAGUGUAUUUAAAUUUAUUGAUGCCUAUCUUUGAGACAAGACAGAUUAUGGAUAGUUCCCAAAUUAAAGAUGGUUCUUCUGGACAUGCCGCCUCGACAGGAAAUUUUAACACAUUUCUCAUUCUUCUGCUCCAUUGAUUUUGAUGAAGAUUGAGGUUUCUCAAUUUCCUAUCAAACAAAUCUGUCUAAAAUAGUUUGAACUAGGGAGGUCUGAACCCCAACAGUAACGUUUUCUGACAUGUCGGAGGCAUGGAUUUAGCAUGGCCUUCCCUCUCUAGGAGUGAUAUCUUGUCCUAUUUUGGAAGCAGCCUUGUCUCCCCUCUCUGGCGGCUUUCAGGAAACUUUCUCUGAGAUAAAUUGACUGUUUACAAAACCUUUAGUUUCCUACGGACUUCCUUUCUUCCUCUGGCAGUUCACUUUCCAAAGAGAAACCUUUGGUGAGAAAUGAACUGAGGUUCGUGAGUGAUAUUCAUGGUUCUUCUUCCUCAUUAUUACGGGUCAUUACCCAUGAGAUCACAAUGUUUUUGUAAAUAAUCAUCUCAAGUUUAUAGGUAGGAAUAGGAGCUCUCUUCUGGACCAUGACCAGGAAAAUUAGCCAUCAGCUUCUUGGUGCUGACCAUCCAUCCAUUACAUUUUCAGAAGGUGAUGGGCAUCAUUAUUUAAGCGGGAAAAAUAGGGGUUGACUAGUGACUCAUUCAGGGCAAUGCAGCAAUGACUCCAUGAGCUACCGGUUGAUUACAAUGGGUACAUUUUCAUAGUUGAUUUUUGACAUAAACUCAACACUUUUGAGCGUAAACAAAACCAUUUUAUGAAUCAUGGGAACUUGAACAGUAGGAAGAUGUAACUAGCUUCAUGGGUAAUUUCUGAAGACAGGUCCCCUUUAAGCCUCGUCUCAGCAAAUAUUUCCAAGGAAUAGUAAUCCAUGUAUAUCAUGGUUGGCUCCAGACUACCAGAGCAGGAGCUGCUCUUCUAUUUUUGGCUCACAGAGGGUGUCCUGAGCCAGGGGCCCCUGCAUAUGGACAGCGGUUGUCUUCAACCACCUAUAGCCACACAUUUUUUGAGAAUCUAAGGUAAUUAUGUCAAGAUCUACCUAAGAAUAAGGGGCAGCUAGACCAAUACAAUGGCUCUUAUUUUUCUCAAGAUUAAUUGUCUGACAGGUGCUCUUGCUCCACCAGAAAAUUCAUACAUUUUCAUCCAGGCCAUACAUGCAUCAGCCAUCUUAGUUUGUGGCUAAAAGAUCUUUUGGGCAAAAAUUUCUGAAUUGCCUUCAUAAUGAUGGAUCAUGGGCCACUUUGGAAAGUAUGAGUUCCAUCUGGUUUGUUGGCUUUCCACCCAACCAAGAUGACGCUGUUUAGGCAAGGCAGGUCAUAGAAAGCUCUAUUUACACAAAGCAACGGCCAAGUAACUAUACUCUGAUGGUCUGGAGAUGGUUCAUGUUAUUAUUACUUAUGCUUAAACAAUCAAUGUUAAACCUUCAGCUCUAAAUCAUCGUUCAGCAAGACCUUAAAAAUUAUAUAGCCUCAUGCAGGAACAAUCCACCCAUCCAACCAAAGUAUGGUUCUCUGUACCCAUGUAGGGUACAUAUUGCACAUAGAAUCUGUCUUGUACAGUCCAGCCAUCUUGAGCAUUGUACAGUUGAAUUAUCCAUGGUAUGAUCUUGUGCGCUAGACUUGUGCAAAAUCAUUCAUCCAUCCAGACGAUUAUUCGACUGCCUUUUUGAAGACCUUCAUCCAACUAAAUACUGAGCUGCAUUCUUACACAGCUCAGUCCGUCUAUCCAACUGCAUUGCACGGCACUCCAACAAUUCUUAAUAGUCCAUUUAUCCAAGACUUUGUACUUAACACCUACCUAAAGCUUCUGCAACAGCCGUCCAUUUAGUCUUGGACAAUAUAGACACAUCUCAUGGAUCGCCUCACCGACUAAUGCACAGAGCUCAGUGCACCAUAUUAUAAAUUAAGCCAUCCAAAAUGACGGUUCGUUGGUGGUAUGCAACAAAAAAUUGCAUCAAAACUCCAGGGUGGCACUGGAGCCCUAUGGACAGGAAUGGGAGGACAUUAACCCUGUCCUAGUCUUUUUGAAGAAGACGAAUCAUGACAUUCUACUUGUCCUAUGCCUUCCCGUGACAAAUUGGACUAAAGAAGUACGCUCCUACCAUGUGUUUUUGUAGGGGUCUCUAGAAGUCCAUAAUUAACCUGAGAACCAAUCAUUCAUCAUGAAGUGUAACUGCUUAGCCACAAAGCGUCCUAUCGUCCCCAUGUAUGACUGGCAGUAAUCAGGUAACCUUGUGUAAUUGCACUUUAAAUUCCAAAGACAAUCUAAGCAAACUGCUAAUGUGGAUUACAACUCCGUCCAUCUGUGGUUUUAUAUUAAUGAUGAGUGUCGCCCCUAGUGGAGGUGACUCGAGACACUAUAGCGCUAUAUGUCAUGUAUAUGAAGUAGGAGAACUCGGCCAUCGAGGCUUUUUUACUGUGGUUUAUUUAUAUCAUUUGCUUUUAAUGACUGUUUCUGUUUGAUAUUCCGAUCCUCUUUUUCUCUCCCAUAAUCCUUGUUUCAUCCCUUUAUCAGCCGGCACAGUCACUUCUCUGAUGUCUUCACUCAUUUCACUUUGUAAUUAUUUGUAAAGGGAUCAAAUGUGUUGUGGACCCUUUGAAAAGUGCAUUGUUACUAUAUAUGAAUAAAAAAAGAUUAAAACUUU